UCUCGGCUUGCGCCAUUUCCGUCAGUCUAGAGUGUCUCCGCCCUUCCCGCCUCCCUUCCUCGGAGCGUCUUAAACACAGGCUUCGGGCCUACUGCUCCGGGGGUACUUAGGGGGCGGGGGGCAGGUCUGAUGAGUAACCCCUCCCCCCAAGUCCCAGAGGGAGAAGCCUCUACAUCUGUCUGCCGGCUCCCCUCAAAAUUGUUUUCAAACCUAUCACCUGGAAAAGGGAUGAGGGUUAGGACUGGCCUCAUCUCAUGCUGAAAAUCCCAAGAGUUCCAUGGCCUCCACUUCCCGACGCCAACGCCGAGAGCGUCGCUUCCGUCGUUAUUUGUCUGCAGGACGGCUGGUCCGGGCCCAAGCCCUCCUCCAGCGACACCCAGGCCUUGAUGUAGAUGCGGGGCAGCCUCCACCACUGCACCGGGCCUGCGCCCGCCACGAUGCCCCUGCCCUGUGCCUGCUUCUUCGGCUUGGGGCUGACCCUGCCCACCAGGACCGCCACGGGGACACAGCGCUGCAUGCUGCUGCCCGCCAGGGCCCUGAUGCCUACACGGAUUUUUUCCUGCCACUGCUGAGUCGCUGUCCCUCUGCCAUGGGAAUAAAGAACAAGGAUGGGGAGACCCCAGGACAAAUUCUGGGCUGGGGACCCCCCUGGGAUUCUGCUGAAGAGGAGGAAGAAGAUGAGGCCUCUAAGGAACGGGAAUGGAGACAGAAGCUGCAGGGAGAGCUGGAGGACGAGUGGCAGGAGGUCAUUGGGAGAUUUGAAGAUGAUGCUUCCCAUGAGACCCAGGAACCCGAGUCCUUCUCAGCCUGGUCAGACCGCAUGGCCCGGGAACAUGCCCAGAAGCGCCAGCAACAGUGCGAAGCAGAGGGAGCCUGCCGACCCCCACGGGCUGAGGGCUCCGGUCAGAGCUGGCGGCAGCAGGAGGAAGAGCAGCGGCUCUUCCGAGAGCGAGCCCGGGCCAAGGAAGAAGAACUGCGUGAGAGCCGAGCCAGGAGGGCACAGGAGGCUCCCGGGGAUCGAGUGCCGGAGCCAGCCAGGGCCGGGCCCAGGGCAGAGCACCCCAGAGGAGCAGGGAGGGGCAGACUCUGGCGCUUCGGUGAUGUGCCCUGGCCCUGCCCUGGCGGAGGAGACCCAGAGGCCAUGGCUGCAGCCCUGGUGGCCAGGGGCCCUCCCUUGGAGGAGCAGGGGGCUCUGAGGAGGUACUUGAGGGUCCAGCAGGUCCGCUGGCACCCCGACCGCUUCCUGCAACGAUUCCGAAGCCAGAUUGAGACCUGGGAGCUGGGCCGAGUGAUGGGAGCUGUGACAGCCCUUUCUCAGGCCCUGAAUCGCCAUGCGGAGGCCCUCAAGUGACCCCAGGGAAAGAGCAAGAAACUGCAGGAAGUGCAGGGCAGUAAGAAGGGUAAGGUCAGGAGACCAGUGCUGAACGGCAGAGGAUGUGGGGCGGGAGCAAAACUUGUAAUGAGCAGGGGUGGGGGGAGGCGGGCCACCACCACUGCUCCUUGACUCUGCCAUUUCCUAAUAAGACCUGGUUCCACAUCUC